UUCAACUUGUUUCCUAACUAUUCUGAACAACGCCAUCAACUAUGCAGCAUGUAGUAUAAUUUGCUUCUUAGUCAUGAAUCAUGAUAAUGUGUAUUUUUAGAUUUCGUUGCCAAGCUUCGACUCUGAUGUUGAUUAGAACGGUCCAAUCUAGAUGCCCCAGUUGGACUUGGUUUAGAUAUUUAAUUAUUGUUAAAACUUGAGCUGAGAUGUUAGACAAAUGGUGCCACUUUUUAGGAGUUUCUAUUAUCAAUUUGGGAAAUCAUGAUCUGUUCUACCAUCAAGGUCUUGAUGGAAUAACCCAGGAUGAAGCAUCUCAGUUACAGCAAGCAAUCUUGCUAGCUCUGGUAGCCAGAAUCUGAUUCUGGCCAGGAUAGGAAGGUAAUUUGCUGAGGCUUUCGGAAGCAGUCAAGAUUGAUUUCUGAGAAUCAGCUUAAGUCUACUCGUCAAUCAUGGAUAGCAGCCAGAAGGGAGCUCUCAUGAGUAAUGGAAGUGCCAAAGAUUUAUCAGUCAUGGUUCUGAAACAGAAGCAGUACAAGAAGAACCAACCAAAAUUAAGUUCUACUCCAGAAGAGUCACAUAAUCAAUCCCACUGUCUUAUCUGUAGAGGGAAAAACAGUUGUCAAACAGUUCAUUCAAGAACAAAACUGAUGAAUACUUUGAUUGGAAAAGGGAAGCCACAUGAAGCUCAGGCCAUCUUCAACAAUUUGACUGAAGAAGGUCAUAGACCAACUAUCAUAACAUACACAACUCUUGUGGCCGCUCUAACCCGCCAAAAGCGUUUCAAGUCUAUUCCUGCACUUCUUUCUAAAGUUGCAGACAAUGGGAUGAAGCCUGAUUCAAUACUUCUCAAUGCCAUGAUCAAUGCCUUUUCCGAUUCUGGCAAGGUAGAUGAGGCCAUGAAAAUCUUUCAUAAAAUGAAGGAGUAUGAAUGUAAACCAACAACUAGUACUUACAAUACCCUCAUUAAAGGAUUUGGGAUUGCUGGAAGGCCCCAUGAAUCUAUGAAAUUGCUAGAGUUGAUGGGUCAGGAUGAAAAUGUGAAACCCAAUGAUAGAACAUAUAAUAUUCUCAUCCAAGCCUGGUGCAGCAAGAAGAAACUGGAAGAAGCAUGGCAUGUUGUGCACAAAAUGGUGGCUUCAGGUCUGCAACCUGAUGUUGUCACGUACAACACAAUGGCAAGGGCAUAUGCUCAGAAUGGUGAGACAGACAAAGCUGAAAGAUUAAUAUUGAAAAUGCAGUACAACAAAUUGAAACCUAAUGAACGAACUUGUGGUAUCAUAAUAAGUGGUUAUUGCAAGGAAGCCAAUAUGACAGAAGCCUUGAGAUUUCUAUACAGAAUGAAAGAGCUUGGAGUGCAUCCAAAUCCUGUAGUUUUCAACUCUCUUAUCAAAGGAUAUCUAGACAUUACAGACACAAAAGGAGUAGAUGAGGCACUGACAUUGAUGGAAGAAUUUGGAAUCAAACCAGAUGUAGUGACAUUUAGCACCAUCAUGAAUGCAUGGAGUUCAGCUGGGCUUAUGGAAAAUUGUGAGGAGAUAUUCAAUGAUAUGGUGAAGGCUGGGAUAGAACCUGACAUCCACGCAUACAGCAUCCUUGCAAAAGGCUAUGCGCGUGCAGGACAGCCACGAAAGGCUGAGGCUCUUCUGACUUCCAUGAGCAAAUACGGCGUACAACCAAACGUGGUGAUUUUCACAACCAUCAUCAGUGGAUGGUGUGCCACUGGCAAAAUGGAUCGCGCUGUUAGACUUUGUGAGAAAAUGCAUGAAAUGGGAACUCCCCCAAAUUUGAAAACUUAUGAAACAUUAAUAUGGGGAUACGGAGAAGCAAAACAACCAGGGAAAGCAGAAGAGUUACUUACUACUAUGGAAGAGAGGGGUGUUGUCCCUGAAAUGUCCACUAUGCAACUGGUUGCUGAUGCUUGGCGUGCCAUUGGUUUGUUCAAAGAAGCCAACAGAAUUCUAAAUGGUUCAGAAGAAGAAUCUGAACUAGAUAAAAAGUUUUAUAGUGACAAGAUGCCAGUGCAAAGCCUUGAGAGAAUUUAUAACAAGCAGAAACUCGGUGCUUCUCACUCUAAUGUGCUGCAAAUACCUAAUGUAGUGGUAGCUCACCCAGAAAGAAUUACCAAUGGCAACAUAAGAAGCCAAAUGGUAGUUAAACCAUUUGACAACAUGCGAAAUGUUACCACUUCCAUGUUUUUUGUUCGUACAACAAGUUCAUAUGGAGUACAAGCAUUGAUUGUAAAUAGGCAGCAGAUUCAAAAUCACGUUGUUAGGCCUUUCCUUGACUGUUGCAAAGUAGUGUCAAUACUUUGUUGAGGCGACUUUCCACUGUGAUGAUCACUAAUUGAUUAAUGAUGAAACACAAAUCUUACCUGAAUAGAUUUGUCUAAUUCCGUGACAGUACACCAUGCCAAUGAGUUCAGGGGGAAAAACUGUAGAUAUCAUUCAUGGACUUCAGAAAUCAGAACAUAGGCAUGUAAUUUUGAGAAAAUGCUGGUGUAAUUUCCAUUUGUCGAACUGGUGCUACUCAUAUUCACUAUUCAGUGUUCACUUGUCAAUGAAAUGUGUACGCUACAUCACAAGAGAAUUCAUUGAUUUGUAUUGUUGUGUACACUGAACAUUGUUGGGAAAUCUUCUAUAAAUAGCACUUGGGAGGAAAA